UGUAAUUUUAAACAGGCUGGUACUUGUAUGCCACGAUGGUUCGUCCUGUGAUGUAUAUGCGAGGAGAAACGGAGAAAAAAAUUAAGAGUUUUAUCGCAGCACAUAAGUGGGGUGUACGUGCGGCUAAUAUAAGUGCUGAAUUUGAGCUCCUGGAAGGAGCACCUCUGGAUCUUCCUCGGGGUGUUGGUUCCAUUCGUGAAUUUAUUGAGAGUAUCAAAGAGGUGAAAACAAAGUGGCAUAAUGGAGUCAUGUACUAUUACGUCCAGGACGAUCCAAAAAUAUCACACCUAACAGAAAUGAUAUCCAAACAGAAGUCAUCAUCUCGAAAGAGCGCAAAAGAUUGGCGCGCAAUAGCAAGAGAGAUUGGAAAUGAAAAUCGACGAGAAAAAAGACAGAAAUUCUACGAGCAAAAUAGAGAAUUGAAUUCAUCGAAUGAGUCAAGCAAGAAGUCAUCGGGUGCCUCGUCGAAGGAUUCUCGUGGACGUGUUAUUAAACCCAUCACUAAUCCACCACCAGCGAAUCGUCGAGUGGUGCACACUCCCCUAGUCUCCAACGGUCAGCUCAUCGGUGAUGAUUUUUUCCUUCAACUUGCCAUUCGAGAGUUGAAGGAGCCAAUCUGGAGGGAAUGGAGAAAUGGUCCUUUGCACGCUGGACUCUGCGUUAGUGGGCAGACUGUCCGAGAUUGCAUUAAAGCACUACGGGAGGUAAACAUUAUGUCCAACAAGUUGGUUAUCAUGCUUGGGGCAGAGGACAUAUAUCAGGGAAGAGAGGCUGCAUUUAUCCAGGAGGAUUAUGAGGAACUUCUAGAACUCCUCAGCAAUAAGUUCGCAUAUUCGGUGGGAGGCAUUACCCUGUGCACUAUUCCUCCUCUCGGUAAUAUCAGCUGGUUGAAUCAACCUACUCAAUUUACCGCCCUCAGGGCUAUCAACUACUUCAUCGUCAACCACGCCUUGGUCAACGGUUAUCAGCUUGCUGAUUUUUUCAGUCAUUUUUCCAAUGUACGAGGAACACCGAAAUACGAUCUCUUCCAAGUGGAACCUAGAAGAGUAUCGGGAACAUCAUACUCGUACCUCCUCUUCAGCGAGCAAGGUCGCAGGUUGGCCAUGACUUUAUUAAGGCAUACAAUCGACUGCAGCCUUCACGACGACGUCUGAUUAAAUUUUUUAUUGCCGUUUUUGGGUUUUCAUUUCGAUUAAAAAUCGGAAUUUUUCGGUGGAAAUUACGAAAAUCAGUUUUUUUUGUCAAAUUUGCUAAAUAAUAUAGUUCGAUACCAUUGAGACGGAAUUUUGACAGGUGUGGAGUUGCCAAACACACGGGGAAAAAUUUCCGGUUCAUUACAUGUGUCAAAGUAAUAUUUAUUGAAUGGAAUGCAGCAGCAUCGUUGAAAAAUUUACUAUUGAACAAAAAUUCUUAAAUUUUGUGAAAAAAACGAGAUACUUAACAUAAAACCGAAACGACGAUUGAUAUUAUUCAGUAUAUGUUUAUAAGUAUAUGUUUAAAAAAAAUGUACUGUACGUUGGAGACGAUUAUGAAUAUUUCCGGUGCCUAAUCUGCGGCAAUGACGCAAAUUGAAUUUUGUACAUUUAUGAAUGCAUGUAGAUCGUAUUAUUUGUAUAUUUAUUUAGCCUUCGAAUUAUCGUAAACACUGUAAAUAUUAGAAAACUGAGGAACACGUGAGAAAUUAACAAAUUAUAAUUUAUUGAUAAAUAUCGA